AUGCGUACCUGUAGUCUUUAUUUCAGGUUCUUUUACGGAUUUGGUGGAACAUUGGUGUUAGCAGCCAUCGUAGUGACUAUAGUAGUUUUGUCCGUAACGGCUAAGACUGAUAGUAAAAAGGACAUUGCACAUGAAUUUGAUUGGCCUCCACCGUCCAAUAGCGUCGAAGGACGGUUUCGCAAAGCAGCUCUAAGCUCCGACCAUGCCCUCUGUUCAGAGAUUGGAGGAAAUGUUCUAAAGAAUGGUGGGAAUGCUGCCGAUGCUUCCGUUGCGAUUAUGUUCUGUAUAGGAGUCACGAACCCUGAGUCUAGCGGAAUCGGUGGUGGCUUCAUUAUGACUAUUUACAACAAGUAA